AAUCUCUCUAUUCCUUCCGAGAUAGUAAAGGUGGUAGCACUGAGUUCCUUCAGAGCUUCUUCGACACACAGAGAAUAACAGCAGAUCUCAAAUCAUGGAGUCGAAAUAUAACGAAGACACGAGCAGAUUUGGAACAAGAAUUUAUGUAACAGCAUUAGACAGUAUAAUCAACGUAAACUCAAUCUUCGCCUUCGCAGUAUUCAUUGGUUUAGCUUGGAACCCAUCAGAUCCAAACAAUACUCUCAUCAAUGAUCCUCAAUGUAGUCCAGGAAACAACGUUCGUGAAGAUUUCAUCUCAUUUCAAGUUUUCUCUUUCGGUUGUUUCGUCUUCUCAAGUAUUAUAGCCUUAGCACUGAAACAAGCUCUGAAGAUUGCAAGAAACAAUACACAUAUUUAUGAGAUGGCUCAUAAUAGUACCAUGGCUCGUGUUAAUAAGACUGUUCUUAGGGUUGUGAUUCUAGGUUCUGCAAUUGGUUCUUUGAUGGGGUUUAUUUUCUUGAUGUUGGGGCUUGUCAAUUUGGUUCAGAUUAAAUUGGGGGUUUUGUCUUGCCCUAAUAACGGGUUUACACUUCAAGCUGUUGUUCCUCUUGUUAUCUUGGUUCCUUCUGCUCUUGUUAUUUAUUCACUUAUUGUAGUUUAUGCUUUCAUUCACUAAUUACUAGUUGUUGCUGUUUUUUUCUUUCCUGAACCUAGAUUUAUUGAUUGUAUUGAAUGAAAUGAAAUCUUUGCACAUUGAGACGAUC